AUGGCUGCCCUCGUAUACCAAAAUCUUCUGGUGGACGAAGGUGUCUCUCGCCUACACCAGAAAUCCAUGUCUAAAGACAAACAAUCACCGGACCAACCAGCGCCCUUUCGGGGAGAGUUCUCUUUUGUGAACAAAGAUGCCGGCAAUAUUGAUUCCAAGGACCAUAAUGCUGCUGUAUCAUGGCACGUUAUGAAUCGCUAUGAGCGAUGGAAAAAGCAAGAACAGGCCAAAAAGCUGCGAGCUUCUGCCAACGUGCCCGUGGGGCCACUCUUACCUCCUUCGCAGCAACAGCAGCAACAGACGCAAACAGGCCAGCAGCAACCCUCGCGCCCGCAACGGCCGCGAGCACAAUCUGUACGUCGAGUCCCGUAUGAGAUCCCGAAGAGGGCGCGGUUGACAGAGGUAUCGCAGACCGGGGCCACACCCACAGCAACGCCGUUCGGGUUUGACCCAUGGACGGCCGAGCAACCGCUCCAGCUUGGCUACCCUGGCAUCAGCACCGGUCAGGCCUCGAGCAGCGGACUAGCAACUUCGACUACUUCGACGCCGUCUACUCAUUCGGGUAUUAUCGAAGAUGACCCGGCGGUCCCGCUCGGUUCUAUAAACACCCCGUUCGAUCUCAGGGAGAAGAACCCAUUUGAAUCGUCUGUUUUGUCCAUGACUCCGCUCGUGAGCAAUCUGAUCGGUUUCGCCUAUGAAAUCUUUAUCCCUCAGUCCUGGCCCAAGGAAGCGGAUCGAACCCAAGGAGCUUACGAGAUCGCCAGGUGUUGGGAAGAUACGGCCAUCAUCAAUCAGGACGCCUGCUACGCCAAUGCAUAUCUGAGUCUACUUGCAGCCGCUAUGGCAGCCUUGACCGAGGACGACAGUCUUGCAUAUCAAUCCCGAUUCUUCCAAGGGCAGGCCAUGACCGAACUUCGGCAACGGGUGACUCAGCCAGGUCCGCAAGAUCUGAUCACCCUGAAAGCCAUUUUGAAGCUUUUCUCCUCCGAAACCCUGGUUGACAACACGUCGGUUGCGCGCACGCAUCUCAAGAUGCUCCGGAACUUGGUCAAUGCAGCUGGAGGGGUGAUCUUGCUGGAUGCAUGGUUCCGUGAAGACCUGCUCUCUUGUGACUGCUAUUUUGCCCUGAAGUAUGAAACUCGGCCUCUAUUCCCGGCCCAGGAAUGGACUCCAGGUCCACUCAGCCAGCCUUGGAAAGCUCGUCUGCUGUCCGCUGCCAUUUUUGGAGAUCACGCAUCCGGAAUCGAUUCCUUGAUCGAGCAUCCGGCCAUGAAAGCAAUCCUCACCGAUCUGCGGGAGCUUUUCAGAGCUCGGGAAUACACGCAAAACCAUGACGUUCCUACCGAUGAUCAAUUACUAAGGUGGCAGCAGCUUCGAAAGUUCGACUGCGUCUCAAGGCUAGCGGAUCACUAUGUCAACCUGGCCAUAUAUCCUCACCUAUUUAACCGACCGAUUACACAAGCCUAUGUAUGCAUCGCCGCCGCGCUGAUCACCAACAUGGUGCUGGGUUCGCCGGAGCCCGUGCGAUUUGGGCUCAAGCUCAUCAACGACCUGCGCAAAAAGCUAAGGGAGCGUGAUAUAGAGGGGGACGACGUCCAGUAUCGACGGCUUCGGUUGUGGGCGCUCUACGUGGGUUCUUUGGCGGAGAAAGUGCACCCGGUAGGGGUUGAGAAUGAGGAGUGGUUCGAGAGCAACUAUCACAGUCUUGCAGCGGAGAUGGGCAUGUCUGGCUGGGAGGACACGAAAAAGGUGAUGCGGCAACUGCUCUACUCAGACAAGUUGCAUCAAGAGAUAGAAUCGGGGCGUGCUCAUCGGAUUGUGGAUGUCAGACAGGGUCUAUAUUCGGCUUCGGGCUGCAGCUGGCGGGAGCCUCUGCUGGACACCAACCUUGGCGUCGACGCAUCUGAUGCGGAAGUUGGUGGGUCCGGGUCUGCUUCUGAAGCUGCGGUUGCAUCUUCUGUAGCGGCUAGGAAACAGCCUGCUGAUGAAUAA